GGGCGGCGGCGUCGCCGCGGCCCCAGCGUCCGCCCCCGCCGCCCGCGCGCAGGUGUGGACUUCCUAAAACACCCACUCGCCGUGACCGAGCCCACCUCCUAGGGUGACGUGAAGUGGCUCCUUCCAGCCUCCGCGGAGUGGCAGCCCAGACGUUUGUCGAUGCCGCCCCUGGCGGGCUCCGAGGGACAGUGGCCGCCAUGCCUCCCCCUGCCCCAUCUCCCCCGCGCUGAGCUGCAUGGUGUGGGUGCCCCUGGGACCCCCGAAGACUGACUGCCUGACCUUGCUUCGCACGCCCGCCCACAACCGCCCCAAGAUGUCGCUCGAGUGGCUGGUGGCCUGGAGCUGGUCGCUGGACGGCCUGAGGGACUGCAUCGCCACUGGCAUCCAGUCAGUGCGGGACUGCGACAGCACCGCCGUGGUCACCGUGGCCUGCCUGCUGGUCCUGUUCGUGUGGUACUGUUACCACGUGGGCCGGGAGCAGCCCCGGCCCUACGUGUCCGUCAACUCCCUGAUGCAGGGCGCAGACGCCAACGGGCUGCAGAAUGGGUACGUGUACUGCCAGUCACCCGAGUGCGUACGCUGCGCCCACAACGAGGGCCUCAACCAGAAGCUCUACCACAAUCUGCAGGAGUACGCCAAGCGGUACUCGUGGUCCGGCAUGGGCCGCAUCCACAAGGGCAUCCGCGAGCAGGGCCGCUACCUCAACAGCCGGCCCUCCAUCCAGAAGCCCGAGGUCUUCUUCCUGCCCGACCUGCCCACCACACCCUACUUCGCCCGGGAUGCCCAGAAGCAUGAUGUGGAGCUGCUGGAGCGGAACUUCCAGACCAUCCUGUGUGAGUUUGAGACCCUUUACCGAGCCUUCUCGAACUGCAGCCUGCCGCAAGGCUGGAAAAUGAACAGCACGCCCAGCGGGGAGUGGGUCACCUUUUACUUGGUCAACCAGGGGGUUUGCGUUCCCAGGAACUGCAGAAAGUGCCCACGGACGUACCGCUUGCUCGGAAGCCUUCGGACCUGUAUUGGGAACAAUGUUUUUGGGAAUGCGUGCAUCUCCGUGCUGAGCCCCGGGACUGUGAUUACGGAGCACUAUGGGCCCACCAACAUACGAAUCCGAUGCCAUUUAGGUCUCAAAACUCCCAGCGGCUGCGAGCUGGUGGUGGGGGGAGAGCCCCAGUGUUGGGCGGAAGGACGCUGCCUCCUCUUUGAUGAUUCUUUCCUGCACACUGCAUUCCACGAGGGCUCGGCAGAGGAUGGCCCACGGGUGGUUUUCAUGGUGGAUUUGUGGCACCCCAAUGUGGCGGCGGCCGAACGGCAGGCUCUGGAUUUCAUCUUCGCUCCAGGACGAUGAGGAAGCCCCUGUGCUGGAGUCGGUGCGAGUGACCGCGGUUCAGCCUGGGGUCCGGGCCCGCCCCCUAGUCGUGCUGGGGUCCCACGCUCCAAAGCCUGCCUCAACGGAAAGUCCUCACUUGGGAUCUCGAGAUCACGCUGGGUCCCUCUUUCCUCUGAUUAAUGUAAAUGGGAAAUUUUCGGCUUGUAUUUCCUUAGGUUUGGUUUUUUUCUCCUUCCAGUCAUUUGCUCCUGCGACUCCUCUCCGCCUAAUCGCGCAUUACUUUGCUCCGUGGCUGGAGGCUCGGCGCCCCUGUCCUUGCUGCACCGCUGCUCGGUUUUCCCAGUGCUCUGAAACAGAGUGACCAAACGGUUAUCUGUCUGAAUGUAAUAACGUGAAACUGCUCCUGGUCAUCGUAUCAGAAAAACUAACAAAACUCGGCCAAAAAACUGCAAGCCAGAGUGCUAGAGACCUUGGCCUCUGUUGCUGUCACAGCCACACAGGGGCCCCCUCAGCCCCCUGGGGCCGGCAGGGUGGGGAGAGUGGGCGAGCCCCACAGCCAGCUGGCUUCCUGGGCAGGGAGGCCCCGGUCAGGGGCGGCAUCCCCGCACCCUACACACCCUGUCACCGUCGCUCACCUCACCCCGAACCCCGUCAGGCCCCCGGUGGCGGGGAGCGUCCGACUGGUGGGACUGAUGGCUCUUCCGUAAACACCGCUCCCCUGCGGAGCUGGGGCUGGGGUCCUCAAGGGCCACGUCGGGGCGCCCGCAGGUCAGCUGCAGCACGUGUGACCCACUUACCUCACUGCCUACCGAAGCCCCACUGCCUGGAAGAUUCCCCGCACAGCUGUUUCGAGUCCACGGUGACGCACAUCAAGACCCCAUGUUGGCGGUAGCAGCGGGGACAUGUGGUGAGACUCGCUCGUCCAGCGGCACGCCAGGACCCCCCUCCUCUGGCAACGCAGGAAUCGCAGAUCUGACCAAGAAGCGUCCGUUUUGCUUUGGAGUUCUGUCGCCUCUGAUUUUCCAGUUACCCGUCUGUACAUAAAUGUUCCAGCGCUGACUCCGGGAUGGCGGAAGGGUCGGCCCUGUGUCCCCGUCACCGCACAGGGAUGCGCGCCCAGUGACAGCCACCUAGGCCAGUGUGUGUGAGAGAGAGAGACCUCCGGGAAGACCCAUGAACCCACGGUCACGGUGCUGGCUUCUCGGUCGCCUGUGAAAGACGUGGCCGGUGUGAGGCUCCAAUUCUAGAAACAUCCUCCUGUUAGCAGACGUGUGCGAGAGUAGCCUGCAGCCGUCCUCGCGAUGCCUUUUUUGACUAACCGUCAUGGUCAGUGUCCAAUUUACAAAGCCGUGGGGCAGUGCGGGGUGUGCAGCUUGGCCCAUGCGCACGGCCGGGGCGAUGUCUGGAAGGAGCAGCCGUCAGAAGGUACUAUGAUCCGAAAAGCGCGAGGUGGCUACUAGCAAGUGAGCCAAGAAAACAGGUCUGUAUUUGGGUAAACUUUCUACGCAGAUAUUUUUCAGUGAUCAGAGUGCAGGACAGGGCAGAAACUUCGAACACACCUGAUGUCUUUUUACUCAUUAAGUAUCUUGUUCCAGAAUGACCGAGGUGCAUGACUUCUCUACAUACUGACUGCUCCACGUUCACAAAGCCAACAGCCCACACAGGCACGCGGCUCCCUGAGCUCAUGUGACGUGGUUGGGGAACAGGAGAUAAAUAAAGGAUCUUGCUGAAAA